AUGGCAAAUGAAGAGAAAAAUGACCAACGCGAAGUAAAAAUGGUGGAAUUCAAAGUCUCCAUGUAUUGUAAUGCAUGUGAAAGAACCGUAGCCAAAACAAUUUCAAAGUUCAAAGGGGUGGAGACAUUUGCAACAGAUAUGAACAAACACAAAGUAGUGGUAACAGGCUGUAUGGAUCCACAAAAACUUUUGGAGAAACUAAAGAAGAAAACAAGGAAGAAAGUAGAAAUUAUAGAGAAGGAAAAGGAAGAAGCAGAAGAAGAAAAAAAAGAAGAGAAGGCUCCAAAAGAAAAUCUAUCAGAUAAUCAAGAAAAUGAAGAACCAAAAGGAGUUGAAGGGCCACCAUAUUUCUUGGAUUAUUGUAAAGAGGAAGUGUUCAUGACGUUUAGUGAUGAAAAUCCAAAUGCAUGUUCUGUCAUGUAA